ACAAUUAGCGGCGCACUUGAAAUGAUCUACAAUGGAGAGAUGCCACCAAACUUGCAUGAAUUGAGACCGCUUUUGAAUAGAGCUCUGUCAUCUUUGCUGUCAGAGAUAUUCGAACUUGUAAAAUCAUUCAUUUUCUUCUGUCUGCUUACAGUCAAAAUGUUUUGGCCUCAGCGUUAUACAACCAUAAUGCAUGCAAGAGGCGGAGGACUCAAUUUACUACUAUUAGAGAGGGCCAAAUUGAGGUCUGAAGACGACGAGUUUGUUUACUUAUGGAGCGGAUUCGCCUGCUUCUAUUAUGCUUUGCUGACCGUGACUGUAGUCAAGAACAUCGCCGAUUAUCAAACAAAUGAGAAUCAUCGUCACAGAAAUCCAUUCGCAAUUCCCGAUGCACCGCGAUAUCCUCAAGUUGUUAUACUUCCUGCAGAACCAGAGCUCGGAAACACUAAUCCGGACGAUCCUCCGCCAUACUCGGCCAUUGCUCAUAGCGGAAAUGGUGUGGAGACUGCGAAAGAAGAAACGCAACCACCUAACUACUCUGAUUUAGAGGCUUCACCCAAUAAUAUUCCUGAGUUUCCGACUGCGAACCAACGAAAUGUUUCAAAUGGAACCGUAGUAAUAGGACGAAAAUAACUCUAAAACAAAAUAACUCAAGUUAUUCUCAAUCGUUCUGUGUAGCAACGCUACCAUAUACUCGAGUGAUUUGUUUUUAGUAAACAUAAGCUUCGAAGCAUGAAUCCAAACGAAUAUGU